GUUACUAUAAUGCAAUACAAAAAAUAUCGGACUCCAUUUCGUAGAUUCCUAUUUCUUCUUCUUUAAAUACUGAAGAUAAAGAAGGUCAGCCGCUGAAAACAGUGUACUUUGAAUGUCCGAGGACAAGCGCAUGGACGUUUAUUAUCAUAUUAUUCUAAAAUAAAAUUAUGAAAUGGCGUAAUUACAUGUUUACCACGUAUAUAAAAAAGGUGAAGAAACUGAUAUUCUCUCAUUCUUUUUUUCUCCUUGUGAUCUAUAAACUUUCCAAUUUAUAUUUGGUCAUUAUGGUCUAUCUUUAGCGUAACAUAGAUGAUAACGAAGCAUCACAUUAAAAUAACGAGCAACACCUUUUUUUUUCUUAAGUCCAUCUCUAUUAAAUAGGAAUGAAGACAGCUCUUUUGGAUAUUUAUUUUUCAAUUCAGAUCAUUAGAUUCCACCAACGGAAAAUGAUAAUAAUUCCUGUGAAUACAAAUACAAUAUAUGUAGGCAUGAUUGAGGGUAAGUAACAAUGCUCCAAUUUGAUAUAAUCUUUAUUCUUUGAAUUUCAGAUGGAUGGCUAGAAUCGAAAUUCGAUACCAUUUAUCCAUUAGAGUUAAUCGUUCCAUGGAGGUCAGCAAAGCUCUAACCAUUUUUUGGACUAUUUUGAUGUUCACCGGUAUUGGAGCUAUAAUUUCCAUCAUUGAUUUGUUUCGAAUGAAGUCAAAGCGGAUGGAACGAUUGAAAGAAGCGAUUGCUGAAGAAUCGGCGAAAUAUUCUUCGAGGUCGUCAAUACCCUGCCGUUGAAGAUUAGAUUUUACCAAAUAUUUGGUUCCAGGACGUACUCCUCUGAUAGUUUUUCAUGUAAGCACUAUUGUAUCUUUACUAUAAGUAAUGCGAUGUGAACCUUACUGCUCAACAAGAGAAAUUGCCUUGUGUAGUAUUUGUUUCUAUUAACAAACUUUUAUUUAUGGUCACAAAGUAAAAAUUUCAAUUGGUUCUGUGAUGAAUACAGCCAAAACUAUACCCGUGUUUUGGUUUUGAGUGUGUCUUCUCUAUUUCCACAUCUACAUCUCCGAAAAUCUAAUUCAAUACAGGUUAGGUGGUGAAAGCAUCGAAUCGGCUCAAAUUGGAGUUUGAAAUACUUACUCAAAUACGUAAGGUCUCAUGUAUUUUAUAAUCUACUCGCUUCCAUUCAACGUGAAGAUACAUAUAAUUUGAUUAGGCGUCCUUUUAUGAACGAAUAUUAUUCACCCACUGUAUGACUCUUCUUCCAGUAUAACGAAUAUUUUCAACAAUAAAAUAAUAAAAUGAGUUCUUCAUUUCACAUCUUAUCUGUCUCUAUGUUGUACAUAAGUUUUAAUGGAUCCCAGUAAUUGUUAAAUAUAAAAUGAACAGCCUAGUACACAGUUUAGUUUGCUGUAAUAUUUUCUUAAAAAAUGAUUCCUAUAAGUUAUUAAAAAUUCAUAAAAUUCAUUAUUUUAACAUUUAUUUCAGCUAGCAAUAGAUAUUGAUUAUGAUGCUGCGACCACAAAUGAAAAUGAAAUGCGUUCUUCAAAUCAAGUUAAUUCUGAGCCAGCAGCACUUUCUGAACGACAAAACAAUGAUGCACCUCCACCAUAUUCUCCUCAAUCUGCAGGAUUUUGUUCUCAAUAUGGCAAAGCGCGACAAGAUGUUACAGCUAAAUUUUGUUCAUCAUGUGGACGGGCAUUUAAUUAA